GGCCGGCUGUGAGACACAAAAGAGAUACCCUUGACAGCUCCGCAUGCACAGAUGUAACGCUGCGCCCCUCGGCGGGCUGGGGCCCGGCUCAGCAGAUGGCGAGAAGCCGAAUUGGUGACGGAUUGCCGAUCAAAUGGCACUUUCUAGGUGGUGGAGACCUCGCUCGCCCCCAGCGCAAAGAGGAACGCAGGUGACCCUCUGUACCGGCCUACGCAGUCUCUCCCAAAAGUGAGGGUUGGGGGAGGCCGGCUGGGGCGGAUAGGUUAAGUUUUUUACUUCCCCCGAUCCCUCCACACCAGAAGGCCAGCUACAAGACUUGUGAAGGGGCUGGGAAGAAAGGUGGCCUGGCCCCAAGGGCACCCAAGAGAGGGCUGGGCAAGGCCGGCGAGGAUGGGAGAAGAGAGGGGUCUGGGAAGCAGGAUCUCCUGCUUGGGAUGCCAGGAUUGCUUCUCAGAGGGGUCAGCACUGCAACUCGGUCGCCGCGGGGCCCCUGUGACAGGCGCACGCCCCGCCCUCUCUCCUCCCAAGACCUGCGGGCUUUUGUUAUGCAGAUGGCGGCAGGGAGGCUGAGCCUUAGGAGGAGGAGGGUGCUGGGGAGGAGGAGGAGAGACAGAGCGAGGGGAGGAAAGUGCAGCUCGCGCGACCAGCCUCCUCUUCCAACGUCACAUUGUGCGAGAGACAAAACCCGGGCGCGCCGGAGCUCUCACGCGCACGCACACACAAACGACCCCGUCGCCUCUUCUCUACUGGCGCUGCCCAGAAAGCCAGCCCUCCCUCCCCUUCUCGGGGCGCAGAGGCUCAGCCGGCUCAGAGCGCAGCCCGGAGCCGACCCAGAAGGGCGAAGAAAGCUGGCGGACGAGGCUCCUUUCUCUGCUGCCUGCCCGGGCUGGGGCGUCCCCUCCCCCGCCCCUAACUCCGAUCUCUCCCACCCCACCCCUUUCUGGGUUUCACCCGGACAGAGCCCGGAGCUGGGUGUCGCCCCCGUUUGGAAUCCACGUUUCAGCACUUCGGACAGCGCCCGGACGCCCCGGGCCCUUUGGGUAGGUGAUGGCAAGCGUUCAGCAAGGCGAGAAGCAGCUUUUUGAGAAGUUCUGGCGAGGAACCUUCAAAGCGGUGGCCACCCCCCGUCCCGAGAGCAUCAUCGUCGCCAGUAUCACGGCCCGCAAGCCGCUGCCAAGGACAGAGCCCCAGAAUAGCCCCGUGAUCCCACCUCAGGAUGGCCCCUCAGAAAAGCUGGAUCAGCGUCUGGCCAACGAGGCCUUGGGCACCAACAGCUGGGAGAGAGACAAGGGCUGUCGGGAACUGGAUGCCAUGAGAGCACACAGUGCCUCUCGUGACAAAGACUUGACACCACCACCUUCCUCCAGAGGGAAGAAGAAAAAGAAGAAAUCCACUCGGAAGAAGAGAAGGAGGUCCUCAUCCUAUAGCCCAUCGCCUGUCAAGAAAAAGAAGAAGAAAAGUUCCAAGAAACAUAAGCGACGCAGGUCAUUCUCCAAGAAGAGAAGGCACAGCUCCUCUAGCCCAAAAAGCAAAAGAAGAGAUGAGAAGAGGCACAAGAAACAAUCCCGAAGCCGGCCCCGAAAGUCUCACCGUCACCGCCAUCACCGCUGCCCAUCGCGGUCCCAGAGCUCGGAGUCACGCCCCUCAAGCUGUGAGAACAGGCACCGCGGCCGGUCCCCUGAGGAAGGGCAGAAGUCCCGCCGAAGGCACUCCCGGCGCUGCUCCAAGACCCUCUGCAAGGACAGCCCUGAAGCCCGGUCCAGUCGCCCGCCCAGCCAACCCCUCCAGAUGCUUGGCUACCUGUCAGCCAGGGGUGUAAUCACUGGGUCGGGGUCUGCUGCUGACCUCUUUACCAAAACAGCCAGCCCGCUCACCACCUCGCGAGGACGUUCCCAGGAGUACGACUCAGGCAACGACACGUCCUCGCCACCUUCCACACAAACCAGCUCAGCCAGGUCUCGGGGCCAGGAAAAGGAGAGCCCCAGUGGGGGCUUGAGCAAGAGCCGGGAGCUCAACAGUGGCAACACCUCUGAUUCAGGGAACUCCUUCACCACUUCCUCACCCCAGAACAAGGGGGCCAUGUUGGAGAACCUCUCUCCCACCAGUAAGGGCAGAGAGUCAAGGGGAUUUCAGUCACCGUGUCUGGAAUGUGCUGAAGUGAAGAAGUCCAGUUUGGUCCCAUCCACAGCCCGGAGCUCACCCAUGAAAGGGUGCUCCCGCAGCUCCUCCUAUGCCAGCACGCGAUCCUCCAGUCACUCCUCCCGAUCCCCAAAUCCCAGGGCUUCCCCCAGGUACACCCGAAGCCGAUCCAUUUCUUCUGAAAAGAGGUCCUAUUCCCGCUCUCCCAGCUAUUCCUCCAAGUCUGGUAAGAGGAGCCCGCCCAGCAGAAGCUCUCGGUCCCGCCGCAGCCCCAGCUACUCCCGCUACAGUCCCAGCAGGGAGCGGGAUCCCAAAUACAGUGAGAAGGACUCGCAGCAGCGGGAGCGCGAGCGAGCGCGUCGGAGACGUCGGUCCUACUCGCCCAUGAGGAAGCGCCGGAGAGACUCCCCGAGCCACCUGGAGGCCCGUAGGAUAACCAGUGCCCGGAAACGCCCCAUCCCCUACUAUCGGCCCAGCCCCUCUUCAUCCGGCAGCCUCAGCAGCACCUCCUCCUGGUACAGCAGCAGCAGUAGCCGCUCGGCCAGCCGCAGCUACUCCCGGAGCCGGAGUCGGAGCCGGAGUCGGAGCCGGAGCCGGACCCGCACAAGCAGCAGCUCUAGCUCCCGCAGCCCCAGCCUGGGCUCCCGCAGCCGGAGCAGGAGCAGGAGCCGGAGCCGGAGCAGGAGCCGGAGCCGGAGCUACAGCUCAGCAGGCAGCUACUCCAGCACGAGGCGCUAAGUGCCCCUGAGCCCGCUGCCCGUGGGGGCCCCUUCGAGCUGCCAGCCUCCCCCAACCACCUGCCCUCCCCGCCUUCUCCUUGGUGACAGAUAGUGAGGGCUCCUAUACCUGUCAUUCCUGCUUGCCUGGGGGAAGAGAAGAGGGUACGGGGGAUUCACCCUCUAGGUCAAGCUGCUAGGAGCCUCUACCAGCACCAUCCUAGGCCUCAGCUCAGGCCUGGGCCUAUGGAGAGAACCAUCCUUUUGUGGCACAAAAAGAAAAGAAAACCUCAAGGUUUUGUUAAGAAACAAUGGGUCCCUGACUCAGAAAUUGAGCCCUGGCCAGGAAAAUCUCCUCACCCACUGCUCACAGGAGGCCUGUGGGAAUUCUCCCCACCUCCCCCGAUGCUCCCCUCCUCCAACCUCAUGGCUGCACAUGAAUGGACCCCCAUGUCGGGGAGAUGUGGAAGAGGUGACCAAUGGCAGUUCAGGUUCAAGAUAAGGGGGUCAGGCCUUUAACUUCCUCAAACAGGCCAGAGCAAAGUCUGGAAGACUCUUGGGUCCUAGAAGAAGGGACAUCCUUGAAUACCAGAGAUGGAUAUUUGACUUGGUGGGAGGUGUCAGGAGAUAGGAGAUGGGUUCUCUGGUUAUGACGAUAGAUAGCAAAAACAGAAGGGGUCAGUCUGCUGCUCCCAAUAUCUCAGCAUGGUCAGGGCACAGGGCCCAGCAGAUCCCAGCCAUGGAGAGGCCACCGUGGGGCUGAUGACACAAAACACCUCUUGGCCAUUCAUAGGGGCCCUGCAACCUCACAAGAUAGGAGAUAGUGGGAGAGUCAGGACAGGUUGGUCUCCAGCCGCACUUCCCAAAUCCACCUCAGCCCCACUGGCUGGCACCAACUUAAUUCCAUGGGACCAUCUGCUGAACAUUCCCCAGUGCCAUGGCUGGUUGCCAGGCCCCAGCGCCAGCCAGUCUGGCCUUACCCUCCAGUGGGCGCCUCCCAACCCUCUCCCCUCUGCCCAGGCUGCCACGCCCUGGAUGCCACCCAGUGCAGCCUGGCACCUACCCACCCACCUUUCAGGUUAUGCCACUCCCCUUGCCUCUCAGGAAUUUUGCCAGGAUAGGGCACAGCAGCUCAGGUUUGGGGAAAAAGACCCAAAUCCAGAGUCCAGAGAAAAGGGGCUUGAAUGUUCCCUGUCUUGGGCUCCUGACAGCUUCUGAGGUUUAUUGCUAGCUUGGGAAAGACUCGCCUUUAUUUCUGCCCUCACCCCAAGUUCCCCCUGCCCGGGGCUGGGCAGAGAGGGUAAGCUGAUCUCUGAUACACAAAUACCACCAGCUGCUUCAUCCACAGAAGGCUCUAAGAACAGGGAGGUGAGGAAUAAGAUCCUUAAAAUAAACUCUUGGGCAUCCCCCUCACCAGCUGACUGGCUUUCCGGAGGCUUGUGGGUGAGUUUCAAGUUUGUGGUGGCAACAGCAGCGGGACAGGGUAUGGAGGGAGGCAGGGAGAGAGGACAGAUCCAGCUUUUGGAUAUUUUGGGUUAUGGGGAAGCAGGGACCAAACAUUCUUUAUCCCUCCCACCCCAGGGAAAACAUUUGGAAAACAGCCCUUUCUCUUGGAAACAGUGACCUCUCCCCUACCCAAUCUUUCCCAUCCUGUCAACCGACGAGGUUAGAGAUAGCCAUGCAGCCACCACCAGGACAGUCCUUCCUCCAUCAGGGGAGAGGAUCAAGGCCCCCAGGUGGCAGUGGAUGACUGGCCUUCCCUUGCCAGGCCUCUGGCCCAGACCUAAGCCCCACCCACAAAGACUAAUGGAUGUCAAUGCUGUCACCGAAGAAGGCCAGAUGGCAGGUGACUGGGACAGAGGCAGGUGCCCUGGGGAGGGCAUGUACAGCCACUGUAAAUAACCCUCAUCCCCACCCAGGAACCCAAACUGGACUUCAGUCUCCCUCCACGGAGGCAAAGGCUUCCCGGAGCCACCAAAAACCUUCUUAGCAGGACAGCUGUGAGAGGCAACGGAGCCUCGCCUUCGGACUGCCUUCAUUGAGAGAACUCUAGGGGACCAUUUUGCCUAGGGCUCCUAGCAAACCUUUUUAUUUAUUUUAUUUAUUUAUCUGUUUAUUUAUUUAUUUAUGUGAUGACUGCCUCUCUCUCACCAUUAGCAGUAUUUAAUAUUUAUUUAUUUAUACAGAGCGUGUGUGUGUGUGUGUGUGUGUGUGUGUCUGUGUGUAUGUUGAGGGGGUCUCCUCCUAAAUUAUUUUUGUGCAUCUCUCUUUUUUUCUCCUGUUUUUACGGAUGGGAUUUGAGAAGCCAAAGGUGGCUGGGCUAUUGGCUUUCUCCCUGAAGGCUCUAAGCCUGGAACACCCGGGAGCUGGCCCAGAAGGAGGCACAUCCGUCCCAAGGUUCAUCACUUAACCCAGAGUCCAUGAGAGUCAAGCCUGUGCCCCAGCCUCCUGUCCCCCAGAUACUUCCCUGGGGUAUCAAAAGAUGCAAACAGCCCAGAGGCUUAUGAGCUACGGUGAUGAAUUGACAUAGUGGAGUUGCAACUUAGGUGGAGGUUGGAGUUGAAAGUUGGCACAUGGGGCCAAGGUUGCCCAAAGUCGAAAUCCCUUGUGAACAUCCCUUAGGGAGGCCCCAGACUGGAGACAGAUGUGCUAUAUCUUAGCAGAUUGACAAGGCUUCAGUUCAGUACUUACUGAAGUAGUUGCCUUGUAUUUUGAGGGUCAUGGUGGAUGAAAAUGAUGUCUGGUUUAGUACUGGAAUUGCACGUGUGGUUGAUGAGGUGCUCACACCAUGAGAAUGGAAGUGGGAACUGAGCUGACUGAGGGAAGAAGACACACACCUUGAUCUCACCCUCACUCCAAGGCACAUAGCAGGACCACUCCCUAGCUUCCCUGAGCACACCUAGUUGGUUUCAUGUAUGUUACACGUACUUCCACUCCACAGUACCUACUUUCUCUCUGUACCCUGAGGUUUGAAGGCUGCCUUGUGAAGAGGCAUCGGCCAUCCUGGGUGAGACCCACCAACCCAAAAGCAAAAGCCUUCAUCUAUGAUCUCUUGCUGUUCGUCAGGGGCAAGCACAAAGCUAUUUCUCAAAUUAG